AUGAAUGACAAUUCAAAGAACGAUAGAAGCACAGAUAGUAACCAGGAUUCAUCAACCUAUGAUUCCUCUGACUAUGGUUCAUCCAACAAUAAUUCCAUAAGAAAUGAUUUCAUAGGAACGAACAGGUAUCAAAAUAGGGAACAUGACUCUAGGGAUAAGAGCAUGGACGUAAGGAUGGAACAGAAGCUUCCUCCUCGGGGGAGCGGAUUCCGGACUUCAGACUCCAACGGGAACUUGCACUUAAACUGUACAAAAUGGCUCCAUUGGAUAGAACGGAAUAAAGGGUUACUAGAAGAAUGUAAAUAUCAACCUUGGUUUCAUGCCUUAAAAUUCGAAUGGAAAAAACAUCAACAGAAAGCAAACGUGAAGAUCCAGGAAUCCGGGCAGAGCGAACUAAAAGACGAUAGUGAUAUUCCAUUCAUAGAAAUGCAAAAGAGUUUGUGGAGACAAUGGGCAUCGAAGCAACGGGACCUUAUGGAAGUACACAGCGAAAAAGAUUGGUUCCGACAUUUGCUAGAAAAUAUAGAGGAGGAACCACACGAAUUGGACGCAGAGAAAGUGCUUGGUGUGGAUCAAUUUGAAGGGCAACCAUCAUGUGAACAACUCUAUAAGAAAAACAAUUAA